CUAGCCGAAUUGCUUUUCUUCCACUAUCAGCUACUUGGGAUCUGCCAAGCCUGCAUCCCGAGCUGCGAGUAUAGAGACUUCCAAGAGAGAUAUCACAUUUUUCGUAUAAUUUGUAUUCGUCACGUUUCAAUCUGUCCUGUGGGGAUAGACAGUGAAAUGGAGAACAGGAAGAAUGAGAAGAGCACCAUGAUCGCCCACUGAACAUAUGCACAUCUUGACUUUCACCUUCGGAAUACUUCACCUCUCGUGUUUGCUUUCGUUGCAGGGCAAAAAACGGGCCGCAAAACCAGAGCAUGCCGAAAGGGGAACACUCACACGAAGCGAAUUCGUUUUUUCUGAUGCGCGUAACAUGUCUACCUCCGUCUUCACCGUGGGCUGGAGCAGCGAUACACGCACGCAACAGACUCUCUGCCUGGAAAUUGAAGACAUUUACCGUGUGCUGAGUGUGCACUCAUCUUGCUUCAUAAAAGUCAGGGACCGGUGAUUGUCAGACGCCUUCCGUAGAAUGGACGAUAGGGUAGAAUCUCAAAGCCGACGGCUAUAGGUGCCUUGUUCAACACAUCCACAGAGACUGCGGACUGAUUGGUGCCUUCGCACGCGUCACAGGCAAAUGAUCCUCUUGAAACUUGACAACAUUUCUGUUGCGGAACCAGACCUUUGCCGAUGAGCGAUAUUGAAUGGAAGGCAU